AUGUCUGAACGCAAAGUCUUGAACAAGUACUUCCCCCCGGACUUUGACCCGUCCCUGAUUCCGCGGCGGCGACUACCAAAGAACUCCCAGCAGGUCGUCCGUCUCAUGGCCCCGUUCUCAAUGCGCUGCAACACUUGCGGCGAAUACAUCUACAAAGGGAAGAAGUUCAACGCCCGCAAGGAGACCGUCGACGGAGAGGACUACUACGGGAUCAAGAUCUUCCGCUUCUACAUCAAAUGCACCUUAUGUUCGGCGGAGAUCACCUUCAAGACGGAUCCCAAGAACACGGACUAUGCCGCUGAGCAUGGUGCGUCACGCAAUUUCGAGCCCUGGAGAGAAGAGAAGGCGGAAGAGGAGAACAACCCGAUGAAGGCGUUGGAGAACCGGACAGUGGACUCGAAACGAGAGAUGGACAUCCUCGACGCGCUGCAAGACAUCCGUGCCCGCAACGCCCGCAACGAGCGCGUCGGCCAGUCGGUGGAUCUCUUGGACCGAUUAGGGAUGGAGGAGAUCGAGUCGGAGGAAGAUCGGGAGAGGAAGCUGGCAGAAGAAGAGGACGAGAGGCUGGUGCGCGAGGUGUUCGCCAAGAUCCCAGCAGGCGACCAUUCUCCUGCCCAAGCCGGGCCGAGCCAUCCUGGGGGCUCGGUCGAGCCGGUCGUCACAGUCAAACGCAAAGCCGGAGCUGAGGAACCGGAGCUGCAAAGCCUCUUGCCAGAGUCAGCGCGCUCUCUGCUCUCCGCCGCCUCUGCGAUCGGGGCCCCCGCUGCUAAGCGGAAGAAGAUGCAGAGCAAGUCUUCUCUAGGCAUCAAGCUGAAAGGAAAGGUCAAAGCCGGCUGA